AGGAGGCUCAAUGACAGUCGAGCGUUGGCUAAGGCUCCAGGGAAAGGGUCUGGCCAUGCUGCAUGUGACCCGGGGGGUCUGGGGAUCCAGGGUCCGAGUAUGGUCCCUGUUGCCCACGCUCCUCGGGCCCCCCCGGGCCCUGUCGUCGCUGGCGGCCAAGAUGGGGGAGUACCGCAAGAUGUGGAACCCCACGGAGCCCCGCGACUGGGCCCAGCAGUACCGCGAGCGGUUCAUCCCGUUCUCCAAGGAGCAGCUGCUCCGCCUCCUGACACAGGAAUUCCACUCCAGCCCUGCGGAGAAGGCAGCUUUGGAGGAGUUUGCGGCCCACGUGGACUUCUGCACCUUGUUCCACUACCACCACAUCCUGGCCCGGCUGCAGGCCUUGUAUGACCCCAUCAACCCCGACAGGGAGACCCUCGACCAGCCUUCGCUUACGGACCCCCAGCGUCUGUCCAAUGAGCAGGAGGUGCUUCGGGCUCUGGAGCCCCUGCUGGCCCAGGCCAACUUCUCCCCGCUCUCAGAGGAUGCUCUGGCCUACGCUCUGGUGGUCCAUCACCCUCAGGAUGAGGUCCAGGUGACAAUAAAUUUGGAUCAGUAUAUCUACAUGCAGUUCUGGGCCCUGGGCCAGCGAGUCGGGCAGAUGCCCCGUAAGUCCAGCGUGGGCUCCAAACGUGGCUUCUUCAUCAAGUCGGCCCCCGCAGAGAGGAGGUACUUUAAGCGGGUGGUACUGGCAGCCCGAACCAAGCGGGGGCACCUGGUGCUGAAGAGCUUCAAGGACACGCCACUGGAGGGCCUGGAGCAGCUGCUACCCGAGCUGAAGGUGCGCACGUCCACCAUGCAGCGCGCCCUGCUCAAUCUCACGCUUUUCGUCUCGGGCAUGGUGUUCUUUGUCAACGUGGGCAUGGUGGUGCUGUCAGACCUCAAGAUGGCCACCUCCCUGCUGUUGCUCCUGUUUGCUAUGUUCAUGGGCCUCCGGGCCUCCAAGAUGUUCGGACAGCGGCGCAGCGUGCAGGCUCUGGAGCUGGCGCACAUGCUCUACUAUCGCAGCACUUCCAACAACUCGGAGCUGCUCAGCGCCUUGGCCCUGCGCGCGCAGGACGAACAUGCCAAGGAGGCUCUGCUGGCGCACAGCUUCCUGGCCCGGCUGCCCCCGGGUGCGCGUGGCCAGCCGGAAGAGACCUCCCAGUGGCUCCAGUCGGAGGUAGAGCACUGGCUCCUGGCCCAGUCAGGCUGUGACGUGGCCUUCAACGGAACUCGGGCCCUGACCCACCUGCAAGCCCUGACCCCCAGCAUCGGGAUGUUCCCACCCCCGGGCUUCCCCAAACUGGACCCGUUGCCCACAGUCAUUUCUGAGCCCCCCCAGCCCGCACCCAGCAGUAACAGGCCCUGA